AUGAUGAUGCAAGGGUUUCCCGGUGCGAAUCUUAUUGGACUGAUUCUAAGACGAUUCACGCAACCGUUGUCAAAGGCGAUAGUGAGGCGUGUGAAGAAACAACCGCUUCUAAGAAAAUAUGUUCUGAUUCAACUGGGACGUUUCUAUUAUUGGUGCGAGAACAUGAUAAAAUGGCAAGAGAUUCCAGGGAAAAAAAGACCCGUUAAUGACGAGCACACAAUGGAACUCGGAACAACAUUGCUACUCGAGACAUUAGUCUUCGGACUUUUAUGCAGCGUACUCAUAUACGAGACACAAAAGGCUGCAGAGAAAUCGCGCGUCGCAGAGCAGCUGAAAAUUCAGAAGCUCAACGACUUAGAGACAGAGAAGAAUCGAUUAAUGCAACGAGUCCAGGAUCAAGUGAUCUUGGCGAAGCAGCUCAAAGACUUCAUUGUGAAUUAUUCGAAACAAGUCGGAUGUACGUUACCGAGUGAUCCCGAGGAAGAGAAAAGCGAAUAG